AAAAAAAUGAAAAAAAGAUCGAUUGUUAUGAACAAAAACUAACUAUGGAUAAGGUUAUCUGCCGUGCUAAAAUCAGUUUCCUCAACAGCGAUGGAAAGUUAAAUCUUUUACUAUAAGCUCCCGAUGUAAAUGAAUUCAAUCUCAUUAUGGUGCAAUAUUGUAAGAGAAUUUACCAACUUCCAAGAAAAGUUUGAAUGAAUUGUGUUUGAUGAAAAAUACCAAAACAGACACAGUGAAGUAAUUAAAGAAUUACAAUUGCUAGUGAUAUGUACAUCGUUAUAAUUCCUAUAUAAAAAAAGAAUUGCGUUCAAAGGGUGCUGCUGCUGAUAAGGAAACGGAUACCAAAAGCCCACAACACAAAGUCAAUAGAGAAAAAGCAGAGAGCAGCCAUCGAUGGCAACUUGACAACAUCGGCAAUAAAAGUACAAAAGAAACGCAACUCCAACUGUGCUGUGAUGAUGACAACAUACACACACACACGCACACACACACAGGGAACAAUUUAAUUAACUGGAGUGGAUUAAUUUGCACCUUGUUAGUCUAAUUAAGGAUUAUAUAGCCAAAGAGACAAACAGGCAAGAACUAGGCCCACAGACAUCAGCAACAACAGCAACAACAACAACAAUUAUUCGAAGGAUACAUUCAAAUGCCACAUUUGUGAGUCCACAAAUGAACAAACACACGCAGAGCUAGCAAAGGAGCACAGCCUAUUUAGUAUUUAUGCAAACAGGAUAUACCUACGUCCUUGUAAGUGAGCUUUUGAGAAUAAGCACAUGUGUAGGGGUGUUUUAUGAAUAGACACCCACACAUAUAAAUACACGCGUAAACACAUACACACAGAUAUUUUGAUGUGAGAAGCAGAAGAAGAAGAAGAAAAUUUUAUCAAAUAUAUUUAAUGAAGUAUCAUUAUUAAAGGCCCAAAUUCCUUCAUCAUCAUCAUCAUUGUUGCUAUUGCCGUUGCCAAUGUCAACGUGCUACCCAACUCAAGAAAAAGGACUCUGUUGGAAAAUCUCUACAAAAACAACAACCAUCGAAUACCAUAACAAUUCAUAGAAACUUUUUGCAAGCGCUUUUCCAAGGAUAUCAUCAUAUCAUCUCUGACUCUUUGUGAGAAGAUUUUUAUUUCUUGUUGUGUUUGUCCUACAAUUGCUCUGGCUCUGUUGCUGUGGCUUUGUACAUUUCCCCGGAAAAGUUAUUUCUUUGUUGUGAUCUGAAUGAAAAUUUAUGAUAAUAAUUUCUAAGUAAACACGUGACCUUUUUGCUCAUCGCAAGCUAAUACAACAUUUAUUUGCACACAACAACAAACAGCAACGGAAAAAGGCAGAGCAACACAAAAAGUCCUCCUUCAUAUACGUAUUUAAGUGAUUACUUACUAACAACGCAAUCGGAGAUAAAAUUAAACAUAGACAAAACCGCAAAACACUUUCAAGGUAUGUUUUUGAAGACGUUAGAUGUGUUUUAGUGGUCAGUACAUAAUUGGCUGUACAACACAACAGAUCACCUAAUGCCGCAGCACAGAUCUUAGGAUACCCCUGCAGAUCAAAGGUGGCCAAAUGUUCAUAAAUGAUGCCCGAAAUUGAAUGUGACGUGGGCGCAGCAACAGAUAUGGUCAGUGGUGCUGCACAUGCUCCCAUUUUUGAAACGAGUGUGGCACAAAAAUACUACAGUCAACAUCAGCAGGCGUUGCAUCAACAGGCAGUGCAGCAACAGCAACAAUUGUUGCAACAAUACCAACAACAGAGUCAGCAGCAAACACAACAAUACACCACACAACAGCAGACAACGCACUACAACGCCACAACGGAUUAUAAAUUGUCUGAGGAAGAGAAGCAACAGCAAAUGCAACAGUUGCAACAACAGCAGGCACAAUAUAAAAUGGCUACCAGUUCAUAUGUGUAUAGAAGUCCUUUGACCAUACCACCCACUGGUGCUAUGUAUGAGAAUAUCUCGAAUAACAGCAACAGUAGUUCACUUGCCAGCAAUAGUAACAACAACAACAACAAUAAUGUGGCCGAAACCUACACUAACAACUAUCAUCCGCAUGCACAUGCACACCAACAUCAUGGUCAUGCUCAACUGCAUACGAUAGCAGCCCUUACUAGUCACAUGACAGCAGCCUCAACACCGAAUGCCAACGCCAUGACGGGGACCACAGCAACAGGUGCUGCCACCAACAGUGUUAUAGGCGAAGCCUUGGCUGCCAAUCAUGGCAACAUCAGUCUCAAAGAGAAAUCAAAUGAGACAACAUUUUUGCAAAAGUCUUUGGAGGCUCCCCCUAUGGCAAAAAAUCCCAAUUACAUUAAUGGCUAUGGCGGUGGAAGUGCGGCCUUAGGUGGUGGUGGCGGUGGUGGCGGUGUCGGCGGUAUUGGUGGUCACAGUGGUCCCCCCCUCGGCUAUGUGGGUGUUGGCAAUAAAACGCUCAUGGCUUCGCCACCUCCCAUUGGUGUGCAGGCCAAAACACCACAAAUGAGACAAAAUCUCUCGCCCACCGCCUCAACGGAGGCCCAUUUGAGUACAACGAAUAUGGCAUCGCCUGCCACUUGGCAUCCGCAUGUCUAUGCCCGCCCACCAACACGUCCCACCCCCCAUACCAUAGCCGAUAUCUUGGGUUUGCGCGACUUAACUGUCGCCAGCGGCAAUAUCCAUCAAAUGACAGCGACCACCACCAUUCCCAAUGCCGCCGCCGCCGCCACAGCCAACGCCACCAAUGCUUUAAUACUCACACGCGAUAGCCAACACGACGAAUCGUCCAAUUCGUCGGCCACCACGCUGCCACCUGCACCCGCCAAAUCACCCAAAAGCAUUUUACGCAAUUUCCAGCAACAAUAUUCACAGCAGAUCACCGCAUACGAUCAACAUCAGGCACGAAGUGCUUCGGCCAGUGAUACGAGUGAAGAUGAUAUGGUGGGUAAUGGUAACGGCAACGGCAAUGGAGGGGUAGGCGGCAACAGCAGUGUUGUUGGCCUGCUGGGGACCAACAACAACAGCAUUGGGGCGACGACAACGACAACAAUGCCUGCGGCCGCCAUCGUUGCCACCUCGCAUGAUUUAUUAGAGCAUGACCAGCCAUUAAAUUUGUGCGUAGCCAAAAAGGCGAGAGAUUCUUUGUCCCCACCACCUGCCGUCAAACAAAAUCAAAUUUUGGGCAUUCUCAGUGGCGCAGAGCGUGAGAAAUCUUUGCUGGGCAAACAUUUGAAGAAAGAUCUCCACCAUGGUCCUGUAAAGGCUGCCAUGAAAAAGAAAAAACUUUCCUCAGCCCUUGCGGCUGUGGCAAAUGUUACCCUACCACCAGAUGUCAGUCCAUCGGGCAGCAGUGAUAGUCUGAUGCGUGAGCGUCUGGCACCACCCUCCAUAAGUACCACACCGCCGGCAGUUAAUAUGGAAACCACCGAAGAUGAUUCAGAUUCUGGCUCAACAGAUGCUCGACGCAAAAAGAAAGCCCGCACCACAUUCACCGGAAGACAGAUAUUCGAAUUGGAAAAACAAUUCGAAAUUAAAAAGUACCUUAGUUCGAGUGAACGAACGGAAAUGGCAAAGCUGUUAAAUGUUACGGAGACACAGGUUAAAAUAUGGUUCCAAAAUCGUCGCACUAAAUGGAAACGACAAGAUAAUGUUACCAACUCCGAGGCUGCAGAGGUUAAAUCGGCCAAUUCGGGCAAAACAACAGCGACCACAGCAUCAACGUCGACAACAUCAUCAUCAAUGGCAACGGCCACGACAACUACUACCUCGACAACAAUAGAGAACAACAAUAGCAGCAACAAUGCCAAUGGUAAAUCAGUUGCAACACCAAUAGCUGCAACAAUGGCGAAUACACCAGCAAAUGGAGGCCCAGUGACCACAACAUCAGCAUCGUCAUCAUCAAAUGCUGAAACGAAUGUUACAACACCAGCUACAACAAAGAAGAAUUCUUCACACAAUGCCCAUGGGAAUAGUGGCAGUAGUACAGGUAGUGCCACUGCUAGUGCAAAUAGCUUGGCCAGUUCGGAAGGUAAACGCAGCAACAUUGCAAAUGAAUUAAGUGCAAAAUUAACCGCUAAACAAGCGACAAAAAUCAAAAAACAAUUGAACGCUUUGCUAGAGAAAACCUCAAAAAACGCUACAGGUUCAACAAAGCAUGGUGAUGGGGGUGUUCUGUCUCUGGCGACGAGCAAAUUAACAAAUAAUGCGAUUGCAAUGGAUAACAACAAUGCCCCAAGUUCGACGACAGCAACAACAAAUACGACGACAUCAACUAACAAGCAGGUGCACAGUAACAACAAUCAUCAACGCAUGCAUCAUCACAAUCAUCAUCAUCGCCAUAUACCGCAUCAUCAUCAUGCAAUUCCAUUAACGGUCGAGCCUGCAGCACCAUUGGAACAGACUGAAAAACUCGAAAUCAAACUAGAGGAGUCGCCACAACAUCGCGAACUGCAAUUAACUUUGCUUCGUGCAGCCCAUGGCGGCCGCCAAAGUCCACACUAUGGAGAAAUGGAUUUCGAGAGUAAGUUGGCAGCAUCGAAAAUUUCAAAUGCUUUGGCCAUGGCUAAAUUGAGUUCUAGCGAAAAUCUCCUCAAAAAGGCAAAAUCCUCUAAAACCGAAAAACUUUUGGCCAAAGAGUUUAAAUUGUCGGAAGCAAAGGAACCAAAGGAUGCCAAUGUAGCCACAAAAAAGCAAGUUCUUGUCCCAUCACCACCUUUUAUGAAUGGAAAUGGCCAAGGCAACAAUGAUAAUAGAAUGCAUUGUGAUGACGUCGAUGAAAAGCCAAAGGUCAGUGAAGACAAGAGCAAGCAGCCGCAGCAGCAGCAGCAUUCAACUUCUCCCAUGGAAUGUGAGGAUAAUUUUAUUGAGAACAAAAAUGGAUUGAUUUUAAAGCAAGAAAUAGAAGAUGAGACCACCGCAGCUACAACCGGUGGCAAUUCUGCUGUCGUCGAUGAUAAUGACGAUACUGAAAUGCAAGAAAUUUAAAAUUUAAUGAACUCUUCAAAAAAGAUUAUAUUGAAAAAGAUCUUCCAGUCAAAAAAGAAAACAAAUUGUGUGCCAAAAAUUGUAUGAAAUGAAAUUAUAAAUAUUGAUUAGAGCAGGUUAGGUAGGUCAUAGGAAAAAUUACAAAAGAAAAUGAGCUUAAACAUGGCAUCUAGGUAUGCUAGAACACUAAGAGCAUUAUAAAGAUUGCAGGAUUGGGGAAAAGUCCGUGGAUAGUAUUGGUGUUGGUAAAUUUUUCAAAAAAUUACAAAAGUUUGUUCGACUUUCUUUUUAAGAAAUUGAAAAUUAGAAUGAAUAAUAUGUCAUAAAGGCAAUACAGGAAGAAUAAACCCUUUCAAAAUGAGAAUAUGAAUUUUUUUCUCCAAAAAAUAAAUGCACAAAAAACUUGGGUAGGACUAUUUCUUGCAAAACGAUAAUGCUAAAGAGGAAUAAAUAAAUUAUUGGGAAACCAAAACAUAGAUAACGUCUCAAGUAUAUCAAUUUCUAUGACAUUGUACAUAUUUUUUUAUUGCUCAGUGUUAUGCAAGAAGUAAUAAAAAUAUUUUUAAGCGGAAAAGUUCUGCUCUAAAUAGCUCUGCAGGAUAUUCACAAUGACCUUUUUACCAACUGCUAUUUGUGAUAAUUUAAUCCCAUUACCAAUACUUUCUAUAGAACUAAAACUGAACCUCGAACUAUCGUCAGCAACUUGAUUUUGUUGCAUUACCAAUCAACAACAGCAAACAAUAAAGCUCAAAUAAAUAUAUAUGUAUGUAUGUAUUUGUAUAAAAUAAUUGCGUAAAUUUGAAAUUAAUUUUAGUUAUAAUUAGACUAACACAAAAUAUUUUCGAAUAAUUGAAAUGAAAAGUAAACCAGAGAUCAAAUUGAACAUACAAUAUGAUUACAAAAUCCACAAAUGUAAAAAAUAAAAGUGAAACAAUAUUCACUAAUGCCAUAGGAGAAGCUUAUAAGAAAACAAUAAAAUAAUUUAGUAAACAAACAAGUAUAAAACAAGGAAAAAUCCAAGGAGUUAAGAUACGAAUCAGCAGUAUUUAUCAUUGUAUAACAGUUAUUUAAAAAGUGUUAUACUGCUAUACAUGAUCCUUUUUGUACUAUAUUUCUGUCCUUUCUCAAAGUACUUUACGUCCUUUCUCAAAUUAAAGGCUGAUUUAGAACUAUUGUAUAUGGUUAUGCUUUCUACAAGAGGAAAUAGAACUUUUAUAAAAAAAGGAUCCUCUUAACGGCCGAUAGUAUAGCUUCCAUAUAAAUCACCUCAUGACCGUCCUGAUGUUGUUUCUUUACGUUGUGUUUAUCUACCAGUGUAAUAAGAGUAUGGUCCUGGCUCUAGAUACCUCCAAUACUUCGGCCUGCCUUGGACCACUUAUAUUUAAGCCCAUCGCUUUUGGCAAAUAUAGGCGAUACUCAAUACUACUACUGUCAGCCAAAAAACUCUGUUGUUCAUAUUUAUUCAACCAUACGAAGUUUCAUCAACAAAUUGAAGAAAAAAGGUGAAGUGUAAUCGCAACAUAGGAUUUUGCGACCACUUCAAACAGUUCCAAUGAACAAAAUAUAUGCAGGCAAAUAUCUAUGAUGGUUGUAGUCCUGCAAAUGAAGUAUGGAAUUAAGCAUUUAGGUGCUUGAGCUUUAUGUACUGGUGCAAACUUUGUAUGAUAUUCGGAAUCAGAACGCAACACAAGAUCGUUCUUUACAAAUUUUACGCCCAACAAUAAAUGAAAACAAAUCAUAUCCCAAUUUAAACCGAUUAACUAGUCAUAAACCAAUUUAGACCAUACUUGGCACUGUUGUUACACCUUCGAGAUGCUCAAGAAAUCAAAUCAAAUCUGAAGAAAGUCUCGCCAUAAAAAAAAACAUUCAAAUCGGUUUGAAAAUGAGCCUUCUAGAUUCUGAAAGAGACAACUUGGGAGAUCUGUUUAUAUGGGAACUAUAUCGGGUUUUGGAUCGAUUUGGACUAUAUUUAGCACGGUCCGAUGGGCUUAAAAAGGGGCUUACAAGCAGCGAGCUGUACUCUGUUAGUGUGCUUACUACAGACAGACGCAUGGAUAUGGCUAGAUCGACUUAAAAUGUCAAGACGAUGAAGAAUUUAUAUACUUUUUGUGGGGGCUAAGACCAAUAUUUUGAAGGUUACAAACGGAAUGACGAAGUUUGUAGAAUCUGAUCCUAUGCUGGAUGGUAUAAUUACAACAGUAUAACACUUUUCCUUAGAUAAAUAAUUUAAAUUUUAUAUAACAUCCACAAAAUGGUGAUUUUAUAAAUAUGUGGCUUGGUAUAAAAUUGCCCGUUAAACGACAUGCCCACUCUCAGUUAAAGGGCGGAUGUUCUGAACCACGUACGUUAAAAAAUGGUAUUUUGCGCACAAUCACUUAAUGACACCUUUAUCCUUUUUUAACCAACUACAAUAUAAUAAAUUCUUUAAUAUUUGUUACAAAAAUUAUACAAAUAUUUGACCCUGAAAAGUCAUCCUAACUUUGUUUACAAUACUAAUAGUCGUCGCGCUUCGUCAUUUUGACAAAGGAUGACAAUCCAGGGUAAAAUACCUAAUUCAGGGUAAAUCUGUCAUAAAAGCUAAGAACGACUCAUUUCUAGCACAAACACUAAGUGUUUCACCAUUUUAGUUAAAUAUUAAUAAAUCUAAGAAACCCUAUGCAUUUUGAUAAAAAAAAAAUUUAGUUAGCAUAACAGUAUUACAGUUUUGUUUUGAUUGUUCUGUCAAGAGAUGGUAAGAGUUGUAUUGUUCAUCUUAAGUCUUUUCCAGGAUUUGGCGUAGUCUGAAUAUUUGGUCUAUGAUGGAUUUUUCAGGUGUUAAGCCGCAUUAAUUGGCCCCAAUUGUCUCAUUGACUUUAGGUUUCAAUCUUUCAUACAGUACUUGUCUCCUUUCUUGUGUAUGGGACAAUCAUUGGGUAUGCACUUUUCUAGACAGAUCGCGUCAACGAUCUGAUGCGUGCGCCUUAUCAGCGUGUCGCCUCCGGUCCUAAAUAGUUCAACGAGCAACCCAUCGGCUCCUGCUGCCUUGUUGUUCUUAGGUCGGGUCACUGUUACUUUGACCUCAUUGUGAAUAUGAGGUAAACAUUCUAUACAAUCAUCGGGUAUGGGUUGGGAAAACAGUUAUUUCCAUAUCCUCAGCACACUAACUGAAUCUGCUACCAAAUGUUCUUCUCUGUCUCUGCAGUUGGAUGUACCAAAGACAUUGGUUUGAUGUUUGAUUCUUUUCUUUUUGUGGAAUAGACAUUUUUCAUCUCUCCUAUAGCUUCAGCAGCAUUUGGACACUUUUGGCCGUAGCAAUUUCAAGAAACCCUUUACAUUUUGAUGGAAAAUUGGUUUGUAUAACAGUUUUCAAAAAGUCGCAUUAACUGUUAUACAAUUCCCAUAAUCAGUAUUUCAAAUAAAAAAAAAACAUAAGAACACUAAGUGAGUAGCCUUUGAAUCAAAUUUUGUCCAAUUUUAAGAAACCAUUUACAUUUUGAUACAAUAUUGGUAUGUAUAACAGUUUUCAUAUUAUUGCAUUAACUUUUUACAAUGACCAUGAUCUGUAACCUAGCACACGAGAAAUGCUCGUUUCUAACUGGAACUCUCAGUGAUUCACCGUUAAUGUUAUUUAAUGCAAUUUAAAAAAACUUGUUGCCCAUUUAUAGAAAAUAGAUAUGCAACUUAGUUUAGUUAUAAUUUCAUAAAGUGUUAUACAAUGAAACUUAUUCGUAACAUAGAGUAAGAAAUAGGAUUCAGGGGAAAACAUGUUGGCUAAGAAAGUUUAUUUGAAAAACGGUUGGAAGAACGUCUCAUUUCUGGAAAAAAGAACUAAACCCAUUUCCAUAUAUUUUAUACAUUUCCCAAAAAGGCAAAAUAUCAGUAAUAAAUAUUAUUUUCUAUUACGAUUCACCCUGAAAAAAGUCGAGUGGAAACUACGGAUCUAUGAAAUUGAAAAGUGGACUUUUCAACUUUUUUGACUUCAAAACCGAUUAUUCGACUUUUUUGGCUUUAAAUCGAUUAUUCAGCUUUUUUUUAACAGUAAAAGACGACUUCGAGAGGGGAGAGAAAUAAUGGCUGACUAUCUUGAAAAUCGCGGCCGAUAUUCUAUUUCAAUAUUUAAGACAUACCUUCCUCUUAAUUAUGAAUUAAAAAUCCGAUCAUUUAUCUCAAAAAAUUGCUUUUUUUUUUGGAAAACCCAUAUUAGAAAUUUUGGACAAAUAUAACAGUUUGGUUGAAUUAAAAGCUGGCAGAACAAGUUCAAGAUGUGCAAAUGCGGUAAUAAUAGCACCAAUAAACUUUUUUCAAGUCAAUUGGCGGUUGUAUAUGGAAAUAACAUCGGAACCAUAAAUAUUUUUGUUUCAACGAAUUCGUUUAAAGUUAGCAAAUUAGUGAAUUUUGAUGGGGGUUUACCAUAUAAAAUUAUUAUAUUUGUUAGCUUUUUGGAAAAAACUUAAAAAUCAAGCAGUCAAAAUAAUAGCACCUUAUAUAACAAAUUGAUCAAAAAUUAUAUUCAUACAAUAGAAACAGUAACAACUAGGGGGUUAUAAUUAAAGUUUGGAACAAUGAAACAUUUUUGAUAUUUGGUUACGAGUCCUUUGCGAGUAAUAAGAGCAAAGCAAUGCUUUCCAAUUGGACUGAUAAGAUUUUGGCAUCUUUCUUAGGAAAAAUUGAUCUAGAUAACCUAUAUUACAUUUUAAAGGCUUUUUUUUCUUGUUAGAUCUCUUGGAUAUUCUCCUUUCUUAAUUUCUGUCUACAAAUUUUCAUUCGAGUUUAAAUUAUGUGACUGUUUUGGCCACUUUGACACUUUGUCCGCAAAUAACAUUUUACUUUUUUGCUAGUGGAUUUGAGACAACUACCCCUUAACCGCGGCAUUUCAUAGGAGGCAUAUGGUAGCACAAUUUCCCCAAGAAUGAUAACAUUUUGGGUUACAUCCAUGAUAUUUCUAAUCCCAUAUAUUGGUCAAAUAUUUUAGUAUGAAAACUAACCCCAUAGUACUAUAGUUGUUGUUGUAACCACAUUUGCAUGUUGAGGUAGCGAUCCUCGUCAUGCUCCUGCAGAUGAGCAAGCUCGUUCCGGUCCAAAGAAACAAUCGCCGCGGGAAGAGGGUGGCCGUUAGUUAUUUAAAGUCGCUGAUAACUCGCCUUGUCAGUACACUCAGUAUUUGUGCAAGAGCAGGUGCCGCCCGGCCUCUCACUGAGACUCUCCGCUCGAUACCGCUAAGUGGCCGCGACUGUCGUUGCAGCUAACCGUAUCGAGCAUUUCACUAUCCGCAAACUGUGGACAAGCCCGGUAGCUCGCAGCUAAGCUUCUCGUAACAGCAAUUAACACCACACAGAACGGACCUCAAUGUUCCAACCUGUAUGGUGUUCACAGCUGACACGUGCCGGGAAGCACUUUAGUGAAACACCUUAGCUUUUCAGGUUUCGAAAAGUAUCACGCGCCUUUUUCACCAGAUAGCACUAAUUUGAACUCAUCCGCGCAAAUAUUUUUCCUCCAUUUUUCAUGGAGUCAGUCUACAUUAGCUUUAGCUAAAAGUCGGUCUUCCAGAUAUGUGUUUAGCGGAAAGAAGUGGCAACUAUCUUAAACUAUACGCAUUCAAAUUGUUGCUCCGGAGUAAACGGCGCAUUAUUUCCACAUUUUCUUGUAUAUUAGGAAAUGUUCUUAGUUCCCCGGUAAGCAUAAUAAUCUCUAUGUGGAUUUUCAAACCAAACGAUCCGUUACCAAAAGUGUGACAAUUUUUUUUCAACGACAUGAUUUCAUUUUAAACUUGAACAAAAGAGCGUUAAUGAUCAUUUUGUUUGCAACAGUCAAUUAAUUUCCUUAUAUCCGAAUAAAAAAUUUCAUUUGGAUUUUCUUUCGUGGAGUUAUUUUCUUGUGACAUUUCAAUGUAAAAUGAUGAACAAUUUAGCCGAUUUGAGUUUAACGGUUGCAAAGCAUCAUAACAUUUUCCAAUUCAUCUGGUUAUUCAUUAAAAAUAAGAGGAUUUGGGGGAGAAAUAUCAUGUGGUGCUAUUAUUUUGACACCGGUAAUAUAAUAAAUGUAAUAGGAUGAACAAAUGCAUACGGUUUCAAUAUUAUAUAUAUUAAUUAUAAUUAUUACCUAUCUUCCGUAUAAUACUGAACAUAAUAAGAAAUAUUUUAAUGUAUAGUAUAUUAUACAUAAGUAUGCUGUUAACGUUAAUGAUGCUAUUAUUUUGAAUGACACUGUAUAACACAGUAUAACACUUUUUUGUAGUUGCAAUGCAAACACUCUGACUGUAUCUUAGCUCCCUCCUACAAAGAACUCUCUUGAACAAAGGAAAAUUAAAAACGAAACUCUAUAAAAUUUCAUGUGAUAAUUUGAAUAAAUCUAAGAAGAAUCUGAAACUUUAAGUAUACGAAAAUCUAUAUAUACAGAGUAUACAAAAAACACACCCAGAUACACCCACACGAAAUAUUGAACAUUUAAUAUUCAAUUAAAUGUAAAGAAAAGAACAAACAAAAUUAGGAUUUUAAAUCAACUUCAAAAGAACAGCUCAAUUAUAUUUGAAAAAACGAAAUUCAAUGAAAAAAAAAACAAAAAACGGAACAACUAAUUCUUAAACUUAGUAAGUAAUUCAUAAGGUUCAUAAUUCAUAUGUAAAUAUGUAUAUGGGUAAGCUUAAAGCAAGAUCAAUUAAAACGUUUAUAGGACUUCUUGUCUUAUUGCUAGACAUUUAUAAAGUGAAAGAAAUAGAAUCUUAAAUUGCUAUGAUCUAAAAGAAAAAGCUUAUACUCUCUAACAUCUUUAUAUGUAAAAAAAAUAUUUCUUAACUUUAUUUUUGUAUCAUAUAUGUUUAAAGUCCUUCCUUUAAUAAUUUCUGCUUGUUAUUUCAUUGUAUUUCUAUAUUUCUAUUUUUUUAAUAACUAACAAUCUUAGGCUUAAAAGAUAUCAAGUGUAAAUGAAAAAAAAAUUAUGUUUUCUUAUCAAUAAGUAUAACACUAUUAUUAAAAGAAAA